AUGAGAGGUGCGUAUAAAAGACGCGGCGCGUCUGUGCCACGCGGAUUGCGGCCGGGCCAACGCCAGUGUCCUGAGCCGCCGUGGCGAGAAAACGCCACAGAAGCACGCUGCCCAACUAAGCCAAUAGGCAGUAAGCGACAAAGUUUCGAGAAAAAUGACUUUUUCUCGUUUGUCUUGUUAUUUUCUUCGCACGUUCGAAACGAAUGGUUAAUUAAUUAUCGAUUAAAUGAUUCUUAAACAACUUUCGCCGUACAAUCUAACGUAAAACGUACACAUGAAUGAACUCUAUCAUUCUUCAAAGACCUAUUAUAUUGCGUACCUAUAUGUUUUGUACCGCUUUUUCUCAUUAGUAUCAUUAAUUGUAUAAAAAUACGUAUAAUAUGUUAAUUCGCAUUUAAUAAGACGCGUCUAUUGUGUUUACGGUAUUUUUGCGAGAGAAUCAAAAAAUUAUGAAUGUUUCAAAUUUUGUUGCUAACUGUCUUUUGACUUAGGAUGACAACACGUGUCGACGCGUACCAAUGUAGCGUGGCGGUGGUGGCGAAAAUGCAAAUUGUCAGUGUUCCGCAAAACCGCCACGACGAAAACGCCGUCGACCCCGGUAAAAAUCGCCACCGUCACACUGCCUUGGCGUGCGUCGCGUCUUAAAAAAAACAUCCGUCGAUUCGUAGACAAUAUUUUAAGAUUUCGAUAUAUUCGGACUCCCGUUAGCCCAGGUCCGAGCGAGGCGGGCGACGGGAGCAAUUUCAUAAGAGAACGUAAUUCAGUUAUUUUUAUUAUUAUUGGUUUUAUUACGCAGUGUAGAUCGAUAUUGACGACCGAAAAAAUACGACUGAAAAUACCCGAUUCGUGUCUUUAUGAUCUAUACGUAGAUCAAGGGUUUCGUUAAUCUAUAUUAUGAUCCUCGCCGGCCGGCGGGACAGCGUGGCAUUAUGUUACCCAUAUAGACACAGAUAUAGAUAAUAAACUAGAUUGCCAACUGAUGUAUACUGCUAAUGUGAUUAGUCGAAGCAAACGGUAGCCAUUUAGUUCAAGACCCAUGGACCUCAUCAUAUACUUUUAUAUUGUGAUAAUCGUCGAAUCUGUCUUUAUUUUACCACUGUGACCAAGACAGUGAUUGUCAACAGUAUUACACUGAUAAGGCCCCAUGAGCUUCGAAUUGAAUGGCGGAUUUUUGAUUCGUGUCUUAUCACCAGUUGGCAAUCCAGUCUAUUAUAUAUAUUUGUGCCUAUAAACGAUCUCCGGUUAACUAGAUCCCUGUGGUCGUAACUAAAUAAAUAGUUAGGUAUGUAAGCAACUUUGCGAUACGUACAAAAUGGCGUGCGCCGUUCGGCUAUUGUUAAUUGUAAUUGUAUAAAUUAUAUUAUAACGUUAUCCGGUCAUCGUAUAGAGGCGAAAGCCGGCAUCCAUGUUUGCACGGAAUCUGCUGAUAACUGAGAUUAUAUUACUGUCGUAUCUAUAUUUUUUUUAUCAUGCUUAUGAUUAUCUAUAAAUCCUCCCCUAUCUAUGAAUAGUCAAUUAGUUCCGUUGCAAACAUAAAACCCUUGGGUGUUUAUGUGAACAGCCACAUAGAUUCCCUGCAACAUCUAUGUGCCACGUAAAGGAUCUAAUCAACAAGGGAAUUAGGGAAUAAUCGUUACUGCUAGGAAGUCCACCGAAAACUUGUUUGACAAAAACAAAAAACGAUGGUCACUCUGGUUACUCUAUUAUCAGCCGUUAAUAGAUGGCACCGUAAUAAUAUUUCGUCCGCAUUCUCAACACCAAACGAAUGAUUCACGCGGACGUCAUACUACUAUUUUUGUAUCAAGACAACAACAAAUAGAUUUCAAUGGUUUUAUAACAUUUAAUUUAUUAUUAUGAUAUUUUAUCGUAUGUUUUGAGGUAGACAUAUAAUUUAUUGAACAUAAUACAUUUAGAAUACAUAAAAUAAUAAAUUUUAAAAAUACAUAUGUACAUAUAGGGACUACUUUUAUAGUUUAGCUCCCGUUGGAUUUUUUUUUUUUUGUGUCAUAAUUAAAGACGAUUAAAGACGUUUUUAUAGAAACUGUAAACAAUUUCGUACUGGAAGCCGUAUAAUCCGGAAAUCACGUAUUUGACGAAUACCUAUACGUAAAUUUAAACUUUAAAAUUAUCAAAAUAAUAAUAAGAAUAGUUAGUAAUUAAAAAAAAAAAUGAUUACAACAAAAUAGCAAAAGUUAUUAGGUACAAAAAAAAAUUAGUUUUCAAAUUAUGAAAUUACAAAAUCCACAUGUUACGUGGAAUACAUAAGUAUCCAAAAAUAUUCGUGUACGAACACGCACUUGUUGUAUCGAGACUUCUAAUUUUCGUGCUCAUGGAAAAAAAUAUUCGAAUAAAUUUCAUUUGGAAGUUAUGACAGAAAAAUGAUAAAAAAAAUUUCUGUUUUUGUGCGUGCAAUGCGCAGGUUUUAAUACAAAUUAUUAUAAUUCAAUAUUUUGCGGAAACUCCAAAGUUUUUAAAAUUAUUCCUUCAUUACUCGAAACAAAGUUCUUCAAUUUUUUUUUUUUUUGUACACACUUUUUUGAAAGAGGAAAAAUUAAAUUAACCAUAUAGGAGUUAAAUUAGAAUUACACCAACAUAAUAUACAAAUAUAAACUUGUAUCAUUUUCAUUGUAAUAAUAUAAUCGUUUGAAUAGUUAAAAUUGUAUAGUUUUUGUUAUUUAUGCAAAAUAUUAGAUUUGUAAAAUACGUACCAAUUUUGAACAACAAUAAUACACGGUAAUUCUCUUGAUUCGGCUCUCUCUAAUAGUUGUUUCCAACCAGUAAUGGUCGGCGGGCCUGUCAAAAGUGAUUCGUCGAAGAAUUUUUUUCAAAAAAAUCUCUAUUUUCCAUAAAAAUAGAGACAAUAUUUCACUGUGUUUAUAUCUCGAUGUUCUAUUAUUUAUAUUUAUUUUUCGCAAUUUUUGUAUACUUUUAUCUGGACCAAAUGAGUUUAAAUUCGGAAUUAAUAAUCGUUUUACAGACGAAUUAAAGUGAUAAAUGUUGGGUUGUAUUUUAUAAUGUUAGCUCUUGGUCCCCGGACUUCUAUCUCUCUUUCUCUCUUUCUCUCUCCUAUCAGUACAUUUCUUUAUACUAUAGAUCUAUGAGAGAACUUGACACACUACUGUAUUAUUCGCUGAGAAUAAUAUAUUGCAAUGCAUUAUAUGUAAAUCUAUAUUUGGUAAUAGCUCCACUUAAAAUACUUUAUAAAAUAGAUUUAUGUUCACAUAAACACCAAAAAGAAAGUAAACUAUUCGCAAAAAAUAAAAAAGAUCUAAUUACUAUUGUGUAUGGGAAGUGAGGAAGGUAGGAUAUAUAAAGUUAUUGAAUUUAUAUCUGUACGCAACGAUAAAUUAUUGUUAUCGAAAAAUGAUUCUGAGCGAAUUUCAGUUAAAUACGCCUAGAAAAAGAUAAUAUAAGUUGUAAUAUCAGUGAAAAUGUCAGGUCUCUGCUAUUAUUUUUAUCCGAAUUGCAACAACAAACAAAGUCGAAAAUAACAAAAUCUGUUAAUGCAUACAUUUUCCUUUUUUUUUUCUCCAUUGUUUCCCGAUUAUUAAGAGAACUAUAUGGAAAAUCAUAGAAACGACCGCCUCAACGCAUUCACUAAACAAAAUUUUGUUUUUAGAAAAGAUGCUAUUCUUAAAGAUCAGAGCAAUAUUUCCGGUGAAAAAUGGUUUCUAGGAAAAAAAAAACACAUUGUAAAGCAAUACUUAAAUUCUUUUCGUCGCUCAGUAUAUACAAAUAAUUAAGUAACUAAGUAACUAAUAUGUAAUUAUGUCGUACCCCUCGAAUUCGCGAGGUUCGUAAAUUUAGAGGAUGUCUCAGUGUCGAUACAAUAUUCUGCCGUCUAUGAUUUUCUAACGCGCAAUGGAUGUUGGGGAUUUUUGGAAAGGUUUUUGUUGGAAGCGGUGGUUUGACCUCGUAAAAUAUUCGCGUGUCGUUUUUAUCUCUUUUUUUUUUAUUUUUCCUCGUUGACUAACCCCGACCAGAGAAUCACAAUUGUAAUGGAAGUGCGGAACGAGCUAACUAUAUUUAACGUAGUAACUUAAGUUUUUUCACCGCUUCCGACAUCAAACUUUCCGAAGAUCGUCAUAAUUGUUUGGUAUUUAUAUUGACUAUAAAUUAUUAAUAUAAUGUCCAUGACUGUAUUCGAUAUAAAUUAAAAGUAAAUCUAAACGUCAAACGAUAACAUUUCAUUAAGAGAUUCGAUCGGACGUUUUAUUGACCAAGAAAAAAACAAAUCGCUGAUCGAUCAGUAUGAUAUAUUAUUAUAUUAGGUAUAAUAAUUGAUUUUCCUUUUAUUUAUUUUUUUGAAUGAAACCUAUGCUCGUCGUAUGUGCGUGGAAGUAAAAAAUUUAUGUUUAAUAUUUAUUUCCUCGCCUAUACGUUUUAUUAUUUAUUUAUUACAUAACGAGUAAUAUAUUCAACAAAAACCUAAUAUAUUAUAUUAUUAUUAUAUUUAUUAUAGUUAAUAGACUUAUUACAUAAUAGUCGAUAUUGCUCAAGAAUUGGCCACUGUUGUAGAUGGAUAGUUGGGAAGGUAGGAUAUCAGAGUAAUUAAGUUCAUAGUUUAUUGCAUGCAACGAUAAAUCAUUGCAAACGUAGUAACGAUUCUGAGUGGAGCAGUAUAUUAGUAGUAUUAUUAAUUAUGUUUCUUUUUUGUCCCGUUUCCAAGGUAAUCCAGAAUUUAACAAAAAUAAAACAGAAGUAUUGAAACAUUAGUUGUUAGCAGGGUUGUUGUAAUAAUAACAAUAAUAAAAAAAAUAAAUGUUUAAUUGAACAAAAAAUUAAAAUUCUAUCACAUAUUCAGUAUAAUUGAUAAACAAAAAAACCAAUAAACCUUUUUGGUCAUUUUAACCAAUCUUCUGACUUCAUCCUUCUCUUUUUUUCACACAAAUGGAAUAACUUGGUUUAUAUCUUUUGCUAUCUGUUUGAGUAUGUUUAACAUGGCCAAAUCAACCGUGUGUACGUAAUUCAGGCAUAAUGGAUCUUAAAUAAUUCUUCAACCUUUUUAAAAUUGGGAGAGAUCUCUCCGCUGUGGCUGUAGAAACUAGUUACCUAGGAAAAAAGUAUUUUGAUGUUGGAAAAAAAUUCACUGCAGUAUUUUAUUGCUUCAACUGCAAUUUGCAGAUUAUUUUAAAUUUUGGCCCUCUUAUUUUCCUACAAAUUUAUUUCCUUUUUCAAUUCUAAAUCCGAACUCUUUAUAUCUCCACAAUGAAAUUUGGCAUAUUCAUAGAAACAUGCCGGGCCUUCUAAAAAUACAUGUAUGUAUUGUGUAUACGUAUAGUACAUGUUUUAACGAUAUAGCAAUAUGCCAAGGGAGGAGGGGUGCUAUAGCACCCUAGCACCCCCCUCUGGAUCCACGCCUGAACUGGAGAAAAUGUGUGUAUGGUCGGACCGACCGGUUCAGAUUUAGGCUUAAAACUUAAUCACUAACAGGCGGUUUUAGUCCUAAGUUUAAAGAAUCGGUUGCUGAGGGAUUUGUAUUUUUUAUGGAAGGAUCCGGCGGAAAAAAUCUGCAAUAUAACUGACUCAGAUUUUUGUUCUGUCUUUAAGAGAAAACCGUCAAAAACUACACAGUUACGAAAAAAAAAAAAGUAAGGCUAAGUUUCCCCAUCCCAUCAUAAUUUCCGCCUAUAAAAUCUAGUGGGCACAUUACGGGUUCGUGGUCGUGCGUCGUAUUAUUUAAUUCAAAGAAUAUUACCGUUUACAUAUUAUAAUAGGCAAUAUGUUUCUUCGUCCAUCUAUGUGGACUGAUAUAACAACUACUAUAGUGUAAUAUUAUUAUGGUGAUUAAGAUGACUGUGUGGUAUUGACUGUACAAGGGACUUCAGAUUUUGGCCAGAUGCCAUAUAGAAUUACUUCUUCGCCGUGCCAAAAAAAAAAUUGUCAACGGGAGGGGAUAUAGUAAAUAAUUGUCAUGAUCUAUGAGUAAAUCGUAUAGAAUUAUCUUCUAUACCUAAUCCAAAAGUAAGAAUUUAUAAAAGCUGGGCCCAAAAAAAAAAGACUAUUUUUAUUUAAUAAAUCAAGCUAUUCCUAUUCUAACUUGUUUCAAAUAAAUAAAUUUCAAGAUUAGAUUAAUAUAUCAGUCAAUAUUCAUAUCUGUUGCAUUUUUAAGCCAGUGGGGAAUAUACCCGCGAUCCCUACUGCGCAUGCCACUUACCCAGUGCAUAUUAUUUUUGCUCUUGUAUGGCGUGAUGCUCUGUCCUAAGAAUAUAUUAUUUCGUUCCCAUCUCGAGUGUAAUUUACGAAUGGGUUUUAAUCCAACGUUAUCAAAACGUAUAUAGAAUAAUAAUGUUUACAAGCAGUAAAGCCCCUCAAUCGUAUUAUUUGAUUAGGUAUAUUAGUUUGUUCCUUUUUAUUAUUUUUACGAUCACAACUGUUUAAACAGGAAAACAACUAUUUGUAUCCAUACAUGUAUUAUGUUGAAAUAUUUUGCUCAUAAAUAUUUAAUUCUUUAUAAAAAAAAAACAAACUGUAUAAAUUAUCUAAUUUCCGUUAUAAUCGUUAAAUAACAUAAAGCAGGCAUCAUAAUCCCGGUUUUAUAUUAAUAUAACCUAAUAUAACUACAUAUUAUAUUGUACAGGUUUUAUACAAUUCAAUGCAUUUUUAACUAGUUUAAAUGAAGUAAUCCUGAAAAAAAAAAUAAUAACAACUAAUCUAAAUAAAAGGGAUUGGAAACAGUUUUCCAAAUAUUCUUCAAUUUUGUAUGGUUUCAAAAUUAUUUUUUACCUUUUAAUGACAACCAAAUGUCAAUGAUAAGACUUUUCCAUUAAUUUACUGCCUAAUACCCAUUUAAGGGGAAGGAGCACGAUAUUGCUUUUACUACGCUCAACACCAAUACACUGGAGUAAAAUGUACACACUACCGUUCGUCCAAUUUUAAUUUUGAAAACAAAUCUGAAUUCUUAAAUUUCUUGUCCGUGUAUUUUGUAGGAACAUUUGGGUGGUUUUUUAUUUAGUUGAUUAAAUUAAAGUUAAUAAGUUAAAUUUUUUUCUUAAACUAAACUUUUACAAAGUGUUACAAACAAAAAUAUUAAAUUAUUUUUUCUAAAAAACAAAAAAAACAAAAAUGAAGUCAAAUCAUUUUGUACAAAUCGCGGGGUAUUUUGUGAUUAAAAUAGUCCGAGCGAGCGAUGGCUUGGUUCUCUUGGUACACCCAAAAUGCAUUUACUUUUUCCUUGUUUAGGUAAAACGGAAAAGUGCUUCUUGUUUCUCAAAUUGUCAAAAAAAUCAGAAAAAAGUGAAUACUUUCCGAGAUAAUUAGUGUCUUAUCGUAGAUUGAUUACUCUGUAUUAACUAAUACUUAUACUAAAAUAUAUCACCUAAUUAUAUAGUUAAUUUAAGGUUAGCUUACAGAGGUUAGGUUUAUAAUUUAUUCAGGGCAAGUGCAAUAAUAUACAAAGCAAUAAAAUUAAAAUUGGUUAGAUAACGCAAUAAUUUGCCAAUCAAAACGCCGCCUGUUUGAAUUAAUAUUCAUAUUAAUUAUACGCACGUAUUAUGAACCUAAUAAAUACAUGAAUAAUGCGUAUAAGUGAUUUAAUCAGUAAAUUUGAACAAAGUGUUAAAAUAAUUAAUCGCCGCCGGAAUCCAAACAUUAAAUAGGUACAAAUUAUAAUAAUUUAUUAGUGAUAACAAUGGAUUUCCAAUGUUAACAUGGUGCGGCUAAACAUUUGAGUUGUUUGAGUGUUUUAAUCGUAUGAUGACUAUAUUACACCUAUUAUACCUACUAUACAAUUCCAUAUAUUACAAUUAUGGCGCGUUGAUGAUAGUCAAACACACGUUUAUAAUAUAAUAAUAUCACAGUUUUAAUAUACUCGAAAUACUCUUCGAUCUUUGGUUGGUAUAUUUCGACGAAAUAUAAUAUAAUAACAUCCCACGGUAAUAUAGACAAUAGUUAUAGUUAUAGACGUAUAGUAGUUAUGUAAUAAUAGUAAAAAAAAAAAAAAACAUAAUAUUAUCUUCAUUAAUAUUUUUAAAGAGAAAACAUUUGUUUGUAUGUUUGUAAUGGAUAAGUUCAAAAACUACUUAACCGAUUUUAAAACUUCUAUCAUCAAUAAAAAGCUACAUUAUCAGCGAGUGACAUGGGCUGUAUUUUAUUUUCAAAAAAUUAUGGGAAUUCCCACGAAAAUUGCAAUAAUUAGGUUUUUAGGUAUUUUUGGUACGAAUAUUUAAUUGUUUGUUUAUUUAUUUUUGUUUACUUAUGGGUUACCUUGGUGACAGAUGAUAAUUUGGUUGUCCCGACGGAAAUUAGAUGGCACAAAUUUUGUCCUGUUUUUUCAAGUUCGGCCGUAUUAUUCCAGUUUUUCCCCUUAAUGUUAAUUGUUAACAUACAAAUUUUGAAAUUUAUUUUACCUCUUUAUGGCAUUAUUCAAUAAAAUCUCCAUUUUAUAAUAAUAUUUUUGGAUUAUCAUGCUGACCAUUUUAGUGGGUACCUGUAUUGUAUUAUACACGUGAGGUUUAUAAUAAGAAGGGUAGAGGAUUUGUAGCUCUAAAAAGUUACCAAAUACAUACAUUUAAAUACUCAAAUAUAUAUUAGAUUAUUAUAUAGAUAUUUAUUAAAAAUGUAUUUAUCAAAUUAAUUUUUCUUAGGUACUUAGUUAAUAGUUUUCAAUUAUAGUAGAUACUUCUUUCAAUUCUAAAAAAUAACAAAAAAAGAAACAUUUUAGUUUUUAAAAUGUUUAAGAUUAACGCGUAUUCAUUUAACACUUUGUGACCAAAUCCAGACUUUCCAUAUUCUGUACAUAAAAAUAAAAUAGAUCACAAACAGAACAGAUAUUCAUCACGGAUCGUGAAGCCGGGGAAAAACCUGCAUUUGCAAACAGUAAGUAACCAUAAUCUUCUAUACACAGGAUGGUUCCGUAAGCGUGUUCACCCCAUUCUUUUGGUUGAGAGUAUCCUGUGGCGAUACCAACUUUGGUUUUUCAAAUUAGAACCUAUACUAAAAAUUUCAUAAAUAAAUGGAGUAUUAGUUUAAAUACAUUUUGGUGUACAUUUUCAACAUUUUUGAUUUCCUUCAACCCGUUAAUGAGAUAUUUUACUUUUAAGUUUAGGUGGGGGGAUAGUGGAGUAGUAGUGAAGUAUUAUUUGUGUGGCAACACGAACGGUAGCGUUUUAUUUGUGCUCCACUACUCUCCCUCUAAUAUGUCCUGACGAUUGAUUCAUCAUUGCACAGCACAAACCACUGGACAAAUCUAUCACUGAAAUUUAGCAUGCAGAUAGUUAUUAUGACAUAGGCACCCACUAAGAAAUAAUUUUCGAAAAUUAAACCCAUAAGAGCAUAAAAUAGGGGUUGUUAGGUAUUUUUGGUACGAAUAUCUAAUUGUUAUUAUUUAUUUAUUUUUGUUCAUUUUUAUUCAUGGGUUAUCUUAGUAAUAUGGAUGAAACAAGAAAAAUAAAAAAAGGAGCUGAUCCUUGGGACGGGUGCGGCCACUGUUGGGAAAUUUCGAAAGGUAGGAUAUUGAGGGAAAUUUAAUUUAUACCUGUAAGCAACAGUUUUUUCUCAUUAUCUCGUAUAUUAAUAAGAAUUUCAAAAAAUGGCAUUUUUAAAGUACUUACGAGCCAAAAUGCAACACAAAAGAUUUCUUGUCAUUCCAUGUUGGAACAAACCUCAUUCUAUCAAAAUAACAUUUUUUUGUAUGUUCAUAUUUUAUUUUUAUUUAAAAAUGUUUGUGCAGCAUAUAUAUAUUUAUUUAUUUAUUUCUGCCCCGUGCUCGGCGCACAGUGGUCUAAAAACAAUAAAAGUUAGCCAUAAGUGAAUUUUGAAAUUUUCAAAAAAUCGCAAACUAUUGUAUAGAAAUUCUUUCUAUGCUUAUUAUUUAGGUAUUCGAAAAUGCCUAACUUAAUCCAAAAAGUAACUUUUUACUUUUCAAAUUUAUGUUUGAAAAAAAAAAAUUACCUAUAAAAUGUUUGUAAUUUCGGUAAUACUAAGUUUUUGUGCGCUAUGAAAUACUAUAGAAAUACAAUUAACAUCGGAUUUCUCUUUAUUUAUCAGUAUAAAGACUAUUAGAAUAUUUAUCAUCAUUAUUGUAGAAAUAUUAUAUCUGCACAAUUAUUAGUUAUAACGAUAACAAAUUAAUACUCGUUAUAGCUUAAGUUAUGUUUAAUAACGUACGGUGUUAACCAGUUCUUUCACCGACCUUCACGCUAAUAUAUAUAUUUUAAAUAUUUAUAAGGUGUAUAGAGUCGGUAAAUGUUUAGAUUAGCUGUCCAUAUUUGACCAUAUUUGCCCCUUGGAAAAUUAUUAAUACCAUGUUGGGUUUCGGCCAACUUUUUCAAUUUUGAACCACUGUGCGGCUUACCCGUGCCAAUUUUUUAUUAUUUUUACCCUUAUUCCCGUUUUGCUUUGAACGUAUCAGUAUAUUGAACUAAAAAACUAGGUGGAAAAAGGGUCAGUGGUGAACUAGUGUUUUUCAUCCGUGUUACCAUAGAUACUCGCACACAGUGACGUCGAACUUGGGGUACAUGUCUGAAUACUAUGAGUAAUGUAAUAAAGUACACCAUAAGAAGACAAAAAUAAUGCAGUAUUGCCUUGUUUGCUCGAGUAUUUUUUAACUACUUUGGCGCCCCUGCCGGCACAAUACAGAUUCUGAGUAGAACAAAACUUCUUUAUACAAAGAUGUUUUUUUUUUUUUUAUCUGUGCACAAAUUUUCUACCAGAAGACUUAAUCAUAUUUUUAAGUAUAGCAUUAUUUCUAAAAGGAAACCAGUGUAGGGAGAUACUUUUGCGAGGUCAUUUUUUGAUUUCUCAGAAGUUUUUUCAACAAAUGUGAAAAACCGAAAAAAAAAACGGAAAAUGUAAGAAAUUUAUAGUUAUUAGCUAUAAAAUAUUACGGCCUUCUUGUUUUCCCGAGAACAACUUUUCUACCAGCAAUUUUGCUCCAAUUUACCAUAAUAACUUUUUUUUUUGUAAGGAAAUCUUACUAGGAAGGUUCUUAAGGGAGGUCAUUUCCCUAAGAGUUUCCUCAGAAAAUGUGAAAAAUCGAGGGAAAACAUAGGAAAACCGGAAAAACAAGAAAAUCGGUACAACAUUAAGCAAAUAUUAUUAAAAAAAUUAUAUAAGUAAUGAAUAUUUUAUUAUUUAACCAUAAUAUGACAUUUAUAUUGUUGACAAAGCAUCUCUAUCAACUGAACUCCGCGUAGAAUCGUUUAUUCGUUAGCAAUAGUUUAUCGUUGCUUACAGGUAUACAUUAAAUUACCUAUAACAGUGACUGCACCCCUCCUCAUUAUUCUAGGACAGCUUUUUUUCCAUGCGUGUUAUCAAGUUGGCUCAUCCUAUUUCAAGCCAUUAAUAGACCGGCAGAGAGUCAGAUUCUCUUUAUUUUAAGUUGUUACAGUUGUUAUGGCAUUUUUGUUUCUGUUUAUUAUUUAUUUUUUGUUUUACAUUGUUCUUCAUUUUAUCUGUGUAACUAAAAUAACCCAUAAUUCAAUAAAAAUAAUUUAAUUUUCAUACCAAAAAUACCUAAGAACCUUUCAUCCCCUUCUAGGUCAUUAAUCGAGCUGAAGACUAUCCUGUCUUUUAAGUUUGACCAAAUCACACACAUUGAGCAUUAUCAAAAUCGAUUGAGUAACUGUAGAAUGCUUCUCACCUAAACUCGUCAUCGUACGCGUGAUUUUUAUGUAUACGAUUUACAGUUAAGUUCACUUAAUAUACAUUAUACUUGUUUAUUAUGCGUCACGUUUAAUUAAUUUUUUUUUUAUGUACAUAUUUUUAUUUUAUUUGUAUGGUCACCCUAGUAUAUAGCCACCCAUAUCGAUUUUUUACAAAAACUAGUUAUUAUAAUACCUACACAUUUUUUUAUUUAUAGUAAAAUAUACACGAACAACAAUUUUGUUUGUCGACUCGAAGAAAAUUUUUUUUUUACAUCACCUAUUUAUAUGUACGUUUGUUUGUGUUUUUGCUGAAAAAUGAUUCAUAUUUUAAUAAUGUUACUAUGAUCAUCAUUAUUAUUAUGUAGUGCACGCUGCCACCGUGCAUAUUUUUAUGAUUCAAACCUAAACAGUCAUUUUAACGUUUAUCAGUUAUUUAUUUUGAUAAAUAAUGUUUCUAUACAUUGCCGCAGUAACGCAAUAUCGCACGUGUAAUGUAUUAUAGUAUAUUUGAAUCGCUUAUAUAAUAAUAAAAUAUAGAAGAUUAAGAUAAAUGCACCUGUGGCUAAUCUUAUAAUUUAAAAGUUCUGUGUAAUAGGUUGUUAUCGUUUAUUGAAUUUCGCAUUCGUUUUAUGAUUUUUUUUUUUUAACGGUUAGUUAUAAUAUAAUAUUACGCAAUCUAUUAUUUAACUGGUUUUUUUUUUUUUGAGAAAUCAGAAACGCAUAAUCUGGAUUUUUUUAUCUCACGUUUUAUCUCUUAUCGACACAUUAACCCAAUAUUAUUAAUAUAAACACUACUAUGCUGAAUAUAUAGUUACUACUAUGUAGUUACUACGACCUGUAGUUUUCAUGCAAAAAUCACGUUCAAUAUACAACAGUCGAAGUAAUCGUAAAAUUAUUGUACAAUGGCCUUUGGCUUCUCCUUUUCAAAUUUUUGUUACUAUACAUAAGAACGGGGUUUUCAAUUUGGGAAACAAAUGUUUGUGUAUUUCUCGUUUUAUUUUUAUAUACUAUAUAAACACGAAAACAAGAAGACUGUGGUUUUUAAUAAAAUAUAUUGAAGAGCAUAAAAAGUUAUAUAAACCAAACAAAAGUGCUCAAUAUUUUUUUUUAUUAGGAAUAAUUUUCGAUGUGCAUUUUGUAAAGAAACAUCCACCUUUUAGUCCAUUAGUUAACUUCAAAUAUAUCUUUUAAAAUGGUAAAUUGAAAUAUUUUAUUAAUUUGCUAGUUAUAGAAUUGUUUUAACUCUCCGAAAAAUUGAAAAUCGAAACACUUAUAUGUUAUAUUAUAGGUAUAUUUGACCAUUAGUAUGUACUUACACUUUGUACCUGUAUAUUAAAAGAAAUUUGAUAAUACGAUAACAGGUGCGAAACUCAAAACUUGGGGGUCAACGGUAAUAAUAUUACGUAGUGAUAAAUGAUAAUAUGUAUUUUAAUUACUAUGUAGAAUUUAUUUAUUAUUCCCAAAUAAUAUUAUCCUAUGCAUAUAAAGUGAAUAUCGAUAAAACAAUAGACAAUGAUUUUCACGAUGAAUUCAUUACGAAAACCGUAUAGAUUCGUUGUACAGUUUUGUAACGAAUGCAGUUUAUAUUAAUAAUCCGUCGCAGAGGCAAUAAAACUCAACAUUUACGAACAGAAUUAAAAAUUAAAACACGAAUAAACACAUCAUAUAGGUGGCUUCUACCUAGUAUCCUAUACCAUAUGGCUUAACUACUAAUUAUGCGCUUAUAAAUGACGUUGCUUACAUUGUAUUUAUUACGUUUCGAGUGUAUUAUUAUUAUUAACUAUUUACUAUAAUAUUAUACUGACAUCAUUUUCAGUCUCUAAAUCUAUAGACAAACUGGCUUAUGAUUUUAUGUUUAGAUAUCAGGCACAGUAACGGUAAUAUCGCCAGUGCCUAUACGAUUACUCGAUUAACCGUUUUCUGAGUAGGUUUACGCCUAGAAUUGUAAAAUACGGCUUACAACCUUUGGCUUAAAACGUAUUAUUUUACAUAUUUAUAAAGCUUUAGAAUCGUUUGAAUUUGAGAGUUACGUAUACAACACGGUUUGAUUUUUACAAUUGUUUUAGAUUCUGAGCGGAGCAAAGAAGCUUAUGGUUUUACAAAGAUAUUUAUUUAUUAUUUUAUUUUUUCUGUGCACAAUUUUUCUACCAGCAAUCUUGCACCGAUUUAUAAAAAUAGCACUUUUUCUAAAAGGAAAUCUGACCGGGGAGGUACUUUAAGGAGGUCACUUUUUGAUAUUCCCAGGAGUUUUUCCAAUAAACGGGAGAAAUCACGAGAAACCUGGAUAAACGUAAGGAAAUCGGGAAAAUAAGUAAAACAUUAACAUUAUUAAAGAAAAUAUAUAAUACUUACUAAUAUUUUAUUUCUGAAUAACCUUGGGGACGGGGCAAAAAUGCUACUCCACUCAGAAUCGUUUUUUCGUUUACAAUUGUUGUUGUAUACAGACACACAGUUUUAAAAUUAAAUUCUGUACCUAUAUGAUUAUAUCUAUUCUUUCCAAUUAGAACAACGGACUACCGUCACGUGCCGUGAGCAGUGUCAACUUUUUCAAAUAUUAUAUUACAAUAUAUUUUAUUUUUUUUUUUGUGUAUUUCAUCAAAUCAUAAUGAAUAUAAAAUGCUAAGUCAUUACAAAUAAUAUAUGAAAUAUUUUGUACGCAAUAGAAUAUUCUAGGAUUUUAUUGAAUAGUAUGCAUUUUCGUUAACCUAGGGUGGUUCUUAUUUUGUCAAUUUCAAAAUUUCUUUCGGAACACCUACCUAUCUUGUGACAUGUAAUAAAAAAAAAAUCCUCAACAUUUGAAGCCAUUUAGAUAGUCCUUGGUAGAGGUGCACGACAUUUUAUUAUUUACUAUCAAAAAGAUUGCAUAAAAUUAAUGAAAAUAGUGUACAAAUGACCUUACUUAGAUCGAUUAGAAUUGUUUAAUAGUAUAAUAAAAUUUGUAUAAUAAAAAACAAUACGAAGAAUUUUAAUUUUAAAUCCUAAGAUCUUUUUUGUUAUUAUAUAUUAAAACUCCGUGUGCCUCCAAAUGACAUCACACUUUAAGGAUAUUUUCGUUUUGAUAUACGACACAAAAUAGGCGUGUGUCCCGAAGGAAGUUUUGAAACUUAUUGGCAAAAUAAGGACCACCCUAAUAAAACCAUUUACGAAUUUACAGUUUCUUUAAAAAUAGUCUAUACAUUUGACGAUUGAUCGUUAAUAUAAACAAUAUUUUUAAAUUAUAAAUUAUCUUUUUGAAGUAUAUGUACAACUAAAAACUGAAAAAUAUAGUAAAUAUUUAUCUAAGAAAUCGGGUUAACUGUAGCAACAAAUUUCUGGCUCAAUAUUUUAUUACAAUAAUAUUAAAAUGAUAAUCAAAGGCGAUUUUUGUUUAAUUUUUUUUUUCCUAUAAUCAUAAUGAAGUCGAACUAUUUUUUUUAUUUACAAUCAUUUUACUUCUACUUUGUAUUUAAAUUUUAGAAUUGAUAACGUUUUGAAAUAAGAUCAACCUAUUCACAAUUAGUGAUGAGCGUAAAAUCACGUCACCCUUACUUCUCACCUCGACAUAAUAUGUUUGUAAUAUUAUACAUGUGUAAAUCUUAAAAUUAUCAAUGAUUUAUUAGUUACAGUAUGAACUAAUAUUGAACUAUAUAUUAAGAAUAUUAUAUUAUAUUUUCAAUUACCCUAGGUAUAUUGCCAUAUUAGACGUUUUAUACAUUUUAGAUACACCAAUGUAUUGGUUUUACAAUGAUAUGUUUUUUUUUUUUUUCUGUCUAUAAAUUAAUAACAAUAACAUUAUUUUCGUUGAUUCUUAUAGCUACGGUAUCAUUAUGGUUCCUCGUGUUUACCGGGUUCGCAUGCAACUACAUGAUACGUAUCAAUUUAAACAUUGCAAUUGUCGACAUGACCACGGUGAAAAGCAAAGGACAUACUAUACGGUUGUGCGAAUUAAACACGACCAGCAUGACGAAUGCGACGGAGAAUAGAAAUGAAUACGUGGUAAAAAAAGUGACUUCAUUAUUAUUCGUUACAUUACAUUUUAUUACAAUUAUUAUUAUUAUUAUUAUUUAUAUGUAUUUUAUUCGAUUUUGAAUGAAGCGAGGAAUAUAUUGGUUUUACUAUGAUGUGUUUUAGGUUCUAAACUACUGUUACCCGAACGGGGGGCGUGAAAACGUUGCCAGGAAGUCAUAAGCCAUUUUAAAUUAUUUUUAUCAAAAAAAAGACAUACUUCACACGAUGAGUGCAGCCAGUGUUGUUAGUGAAAAGUUGGGAAUGUAGGAUAUAGAGGGGAAAUUAAUUUGUAUCUGUAAGAAUCGAUAAACCAUCAUUGCUAACGAAAAAACGAUUCUGAGUGGAGUUCAGUUGAUAGUGUUCCUUUGUCAACAAUAUUUAUGUCAUAUUAUGCAUCAAACGUUUUCUUCAAUAAUAUUUGUUUAAUAUUGUACCUAUUAUACUUAAAAACAACAUUAAAUAAUAUGAAUGAAGAGAAGUAUUUAUUGUCACAACUUAAAAAUAAACAAGCAAUAUUAUUUUAACAGGUACGAAAAUUGAAUAAAACAUGUUUAAUAAUAAAAUAAUAUUCUAAUAACAGUUAAAUUAUAAGUAGUGUUUUAGGAUUGAAGGACUAUCGGGUUAAAAAACAUCAAAAGAAGACAAUUUGUUACACUAAACUGACAUUCUAUUUAGAGGAGUAUUAAAAUACCGUGAGAAGUUCUAUGAGAAAAUAUUGAAAAUGUGGGACGGGAUCGAGAAAAGUAUUGGGGUACAUGGAUUGGAACAAGACUUAAAAGUUCAGGACAAGAGAUGUGACCAUUUAACAAAGCUUGUACAUAAAAUAAUCACGUCUACUACAUAAGGGAUCUAAGUUAAAACUAUAAUGAUGUGAGUUAAGCUCAACGCUGAUGUUGUUAUUACGCUGUAUGUAUUUAAAAGAUAAGUAACGUAAAAACCUAGGGGAGUAGAAUUUAAGAGGUAAGGAACUACUGUUCUAAAUGAAGCGAGCAUUUUAUCGAUUUUACUAUGAUGUAUACAGUUUUUUUUUUCUUUUUCUUUUCUUAUGUCAGUGUACAACUUUUCUACCAGAAAUCUGGCUCCAAUCAAGAACCGACAAGACAGUUUUUUUUUAUAGGAUUUUGAAUCUAGUCGGUGAUUUGAGACGGUCAUUUUUUGAUUUUCCGUUUUCAUAAUAGUUAGUAAAAAACAGGAAAUUCAAUGGUUUUAACGGUAAUUAUUUUUGAUUUUGUUAGUUUGCUGUAAUUCGGUUAAAUUCAGUUAAAUCAUAGAGACCUGAAAUUUUUACAAAAUAUCUAUAUUAUUACAUUGUAUAUGCGAUUUUUGAGCUAUUUAUAAGCAUUUAAUAUUUUUAAUUUCUUUAUUUUUAGUUUUUAAUUGGUUUUAUGUGGAUAAAAUUGUUUUACCAAUCAGAAAUGCUUACAAGUUUAAUACGAUUUUCAUCAAUAUUGGUAAUUAGUAGUCGGAAAAAAAAACGUAAUGUAGUAUUUUUUUUUUUUUUUAUAUUUACGUUUAAGUUCAAAUUUGACUAAAAUUAAAAAAACCUGGUGGUUAAAAAAAAGUUUAUCUAAAAAAGUAUUAAUGAAAUAUUUUUUUUGAUAAGUGUUGUUUAUAAACAUAUUUAAUUAAACUUCUCUGAAAAUCAUAUUUCGUAAUUAUUUAUCGUAAUUAUUUUAGUAAUUAAAUAACUCUAUAUGCGUAUCCCCCUUCCAACUUCCUUCUAAAACAGUGACACACCUAUCAGCAGUAUCAGAUUAUUUUUGUUUAUUUAGCUAUCGGUAUGAAACUCGACAACUACUACAAUCAUUUUGUAUUAAUACAUUUACAUGUAUACUCCUACUGAAUGCUAAGUGUGUCGACAAUACUGGGCGAGGCAAAAUGGUGUGGAUUUAGUCAAUCCAAUUAUCACAUUACAACGUAAUACAUUAUAAUUUAUAGCGUAAUUUAAUCUUUCAUUUAUCAUAGACAGUUAAAUAAAAAAAUUUAUUUUAAUUUAUAUUUGUAGCUAACGAAGAUGAACGAUUUAUUGUUGUAAUGUUGUUUGCAGUCAAAUAUUUUACUUUAUAGAUCUGUCUACCUAUGCCGACCCAUUCCUCUACACAUGUAUUAAUUCGUACGACAGAAUUGUGAUAAAAAAAAUUAAAGAAAAAAUGUAACCUUUAUAUCCGUUAGAGAGAUUAACUGCAUAGAUUAAUCGAACACAUUUUAACAAAAUGUAUUAAAAGAAUGAAAAAAAUUUAACUUAUUGAAAUCACAAAAACCACAAGAAGUUAGCUAUACUAAAGAAUGUCCAUUUAAUGUCCAUUGAACUCGGUGUCUAAUCUACAAAAAUUGAGUGAUGAAACAGUAUUUUAAUAUGUAAAAGUAGUUAUAGAUAGUAGGCUGAUGUAAGUGUUACAAUACAUGCAUUGUAGAGAUUUGAUUGAUCAUUCCCGUAUACAUUCUUAUACUAUAUAUUUUUUUUCAGGGAGGGGGGGUAUCUGUUCCUAAAGUUUUAUCUCAUUGCUAUCCACAAUACACUAAUAUCAGUAGAUCACUCACGUACAUAUCACUUCCAAUCCAUUUAAAUUGUUUAGUUCAAUAGUAAAUUUUUCGAUUUUAAUAUGAAAGAAAAAAAAGUCAUCAAAUUUCGAAGAUCUUGGGCUGCUUAUGGUUAACUUUUAUAACUUUUUAUUUGAUAUCAAUUUUAACAAAUUCUAAAAACAAUGAAUUUUACUCCAAAAUAUAAAAAAUUAAAUUGUCAAAAACCAUAAAAAAAAUAACUUCUUUUAUACCAUUUCGCAUAUUUCUUUAUCCUUCCCCACCAGUGGUGGCUCGAAGUAUUUUUACCUUGAAUCACCGAUUUAAUUUUCCAACCACCCUCCCAAUCCAUCCCAAUCCAAAAUACUCUCACCCUACCACAAAUGUAUUAAAAUUUAACAAAUUCCAAUCAAAUUUUUCAAAUUUAUAUAAUUUCCGUAGUCUAAAAUUCUUUUAAUGAAUUUUAUUUUGAAAAAACUUAAUAUUUUUUGUCAUAUUUCUGAACACCUAGGCACCUACAAACCAUCCGUUUUUUUGUGAAUAUUUACUUUAAAUAAUAAUAAAAAAAAAUACUGGACAUACUUCGCACGAUGGGAACAGCCACUGUUGUAAGUGAGAAUUUAGGAAGGUAAGGGAAAUUAAUGUAUAUCUGAAAGCAACGAUCAACCAUUGCUCACAAAAAACGUUUCUGAACGGAAUUCAGUUAAUCAAACAACUUUGUCAAACAACGUCAUAUUAUGAUAAAAUAAUUAAAUAGACAUUAUUUAUUUUCUUUAAUAACAUUUAUUUAAUAUUGUACCGAUUUUCUCAUUUUUCCCCUGAUUUUUCAUAUUUUCUGGGAAAAUUUCUGAGAAAAUCGAAGAAUGACCUCCUUAAAGUACCAUUCCAAGAAAAUUUCCUUUCAGAAAAAUGACUAAUUCGUAUAUAUCGGAGUAAACAUUUUGGUAGAAAAAUUGUUCACAUAAAAAAAAAAAAAAUAAACAUCUUUGUAAAACCAUAAGCUUCUUCGCUCCACUCAGAAUCUAAAACUAUAGAUUUUUCGUUAAUACCGUUCGGUUUCUAAAUGUCAAUCGUUCUAAAAUAUAACUUCCUAAACUUGGCCCUAUAUAUUAUAUUCGUAUAAUGACGUGUGUAUUGUUAUUGUCGUAUCGACAGAAGGAUUUCCAAUGGAAAGACGGCGAACGGGCAAUGGUGCUGGGCUCGUUCUACUGGUUCCACUGGGCGUUACAGUUGCCGGGCGGUCUGUUGGCGCGGACUUACGGAGCCAAACGUAUAUUCGGCCUGAGCAAUUUGAUCAUGUUUACCUUGUCGCUGACGAUGCCGUUUGUCGCCCGGUGGGACGUCAGAGGACUCAUACUUGUGCGGGCGUUACAAGGAUUCAUCGGGGUGCGUAUAACCGACAGAUAUUUUUUAAAUUGUAUAUUUUAUUAUAGUAACGCCAAACGGCUUUAGUUUUACAACAUACAUUUGAAGGGUUUGCGAGAAAAAACGAUCAUAGUCAGUCGAUCGCCAAAAUUAAUAUGGUGACAUCAUCUUGUGAUACUAAUCUAAUAUUGAUCGUGAUCGGAUUAAAUCUUCGGAUACGUUUUAUCCACAACCCUUCAUUUGUUUUAAACGAAAAGGAAAUCGUAAAACAUAAAACUACAGUAAUCACAAACGGUUCGUUCCAAAAGUGGACGUGUGGCGCCUACGUAUAAUACGGCCCCACCGUGACAGAACGUCACGUUUAUUUCGUUUAUUGUUAAUAAAAAUGUUAAUUUAUACUAAUAACCCUGAUAACGGGCCCUCUAAAAUCUCACUUUAUCAACUAUUAUCCUCUAUAAUAGUUGCGUCAUUGACCCGUCAUCAAAAUUUACUAUACGAUGUGACGCGAUGAUGCUGUGAAUGUCCGCAAUUGGCGAAUGUUGACAAUCGCCUAGUAAAUGUCCACAUACGUCUCCUAAAUGGGUGAUUGUUGAAAAAUUUUAAAAAUGUAGACAUAUGCUAGUUGAUAUACACAACACGGUUGUAGUUAACGUUGAUAUACGUAUUCGCACAUAAUAUAAUAGUAAAGAGUAUACUAUAUUGACUAUAGACGUAUGCAUAUGUAUGCAUAUGUAUGCAACGUGCAUAUAUAUUAUACAAAAUAGAUAAAAUAUGUUUAGUUAUAUCAAUGAAAUAUUAUUAUUAUUAGUAUUAUUAAUUCAAAUUAUAACCAUAACCACACAAAAUAUUAUUGUUUUUAAAAAAACAAAAGAAAUAGUUCUACUUAUUGCAACGUGACAAACUGUCGUGACAUGUUUUACUACAUAAAACGCCAACAUUUCUGCAACCGCACAUUUUUGUAGCGCACUUUGUUUUGUUAUUGCGACAUGUGUACCUUUACCAACCAAUUGAAUUUAAUUAAUUUUCAAUUUAAGAAUAUAUUGCGUAAUCAAAGAAAAAAAAAAUGUUCACUUAACUAAUUAAAUGAUUAUAUUAUUCAGCCGACAGAAAAAAAGAAUUAUCACGUUUUUUAUAAGAUACACUAAUAAUUAUUAAAUUUAUUAUAAAAAUACUUCACGUAUAUUUUCUAUUUAUAAAAAAAAAAAAAAAAAAAAAAUGUUUUGAUCAUUGUGCAAAUCAAUCGCAUACAAUAAAAUAUAUAACAGUUUUUUGAAUGAUAAAUGUUGGCUAAAUGUUAGCGUAGCAGCACAGCAUGGCAUGGCCGUUAUCCAAAUUUAAUAAAAAUAGUUGAGGUAGGCGAGGUAAUAAAACAUUUUAAUCAAAAUUAUCGACUUGUAAAACACCAAAUGUUGCAAAUGUUGCUACGCAUAGUAUACGUUUACUGUCGUCGUAUCAUACUGAUAAUACUGUGUUAUUUUUUCGGCUUUUCCGUUAUCCCCGUAGAAUGUUUACUGCAAACACUACAAAUUUAAUCGAUGUUCACCAACGACUUUGGUGUGCGAUCACAUUAACCGAUGACUGUCACCGGCUGCGGCGGACAUUCUCAGUAGCAUAACAUACAAUAUGCAUAUUACGUGCGAUGACGGUUAUUUAAAUAAUAUUCGCCGUACUGUUUAUUUAUGCGGUCAUCGGGCCAAUAUUAUGUACAAACAAUAUUAUAGUAUUCUACGACACAAUAUGACGCGAUGGAAAAAUAAAUAAAAAUUACACGUAUAUGUUAUGGUUUCCUAAUAACAAUUACAGCAUUUAUCAUGUACAUUUUGUUUUUAGGGUAUGGCGUGGCCGUCAGUCCAUCAUCUGACCGCGCAUUGGGUGCCGCCGAACAAGAGGAGCAAGUUCAUUUCCGCCUAUUUGGGUCAUUAUUUUUAAUUAAUAUUUCGUUUUUUUUUUUUUUUCGCGACGCUCGUCGUCGUAUUACACAUCUCUGUGUUAAAUGUACACACCCGUUAAUGUGUAUUUAUAUAUAAUAACUUUUAAUUAUUAUGACUAGAAAUUAAUAUUAUUCAAUUGCCACUGACGCGUGAGAGUAAUGCCACAGUUAAAAUAUUUAAUUUUGUGUCCUACACAAACCUAUAUUCAACACGCGUGUAGUUAUAUGUACUCAAAAUUAUCUAAAUAGGCUCAUAAAAAAACCAAACAAAAAUGUAAAUCAUGAUAUUUGAUUUUAUUAAACGCCGUGCGAGAUAGUUGAUUUUUUCAGUCCGAAAUCAAAAAUCAUUCGUGUUUUCUACAAUAAAUAACGUAAGUGUCGACGAUAAAUUUGGAUAACCCAUAACGACCCGUUUGAGUGCAGAAAUAAUUAAUAUUUAAACAGACUAAAAUAACCUCGCCAUGUCCACUCUGCUUUUUCUUUUACCACUGAGUACACCAUGAUAUUUUAAUGAAUCUCCCGUUAAAUUGUCAAACAAUUAUGUAAUCAAAUAGCACCUACCAAAUAAAAACUACGCGAAAAACUCGGCAUCAUAAAAUAUCUAAAAACAGUUUAAAAAUAUCUUCUGAGCGUUUUGAAAAUUUUACCACGUCUAAAAAAAGCAAACAUAAGUAGUUAUCUGUCGAAAUUUUAUAUCUCUAUACGAAUAUUUUUAAUUGAAUUACGACUAAAAAAAAUUCAAAACAAAAUUGAAUAAAAUAAAACUAUUAUUUCCAUAAAUUGUCCCGUUCUUUCUAAACAAUUUUCUGGUUUUGCUCAAUUAUUAAGAAAACUACACGGAAAAUCAAAAAAUGACUUUCUUAUACACCAAAAAGUUCCAAAACAAAAAAGGUCUCUUGUCAUUUUUCAAUAGUUUUCAGUUUAACGACUGAAAAAAUAACACACAAUAUCAUAUAGUAAAACUAAUAAAUCCUUUACCGCUCCGCUCCGUAUUUAAAAGAAAAUAAAGGAAACAUAGUAACGGAAACAAGUCGGCUAGGGGGAAAUUCGGUAUUAGUGAUUGAGUUCUGCUUCUCUGCAAAGUUAAAUUAUUUUCCAACCAAUAAAUAUAUACGAAAUCAUAUAUAAUAUAUAAUUUUAUACAUCUGCCUGAUAAAAAUAAUCGAAUAAUUUAUCGUAAAACUACUACUACGUUAUUAUCUAAUAUUGAGUUAGUAAAAAAAAAAAUGCUUAACCUUAUUUACUAGUUCAUAUAUUAUUUAUCUUCAUCUAUUAUCUAAAAAAAAAAAAUAUCUAUCUACCUGCCGUUUGUAUGUCGAACAAUAAUUCGGUGUAAAACUUUUUUUUUUUUACAUAAUAACGAAUACUAUUACAUAAUAAAUAUUCACCAUCUCCGCAAAAGUUAAAAAUUAAAACAAAUUUGCUGAAAAUGUAUAUUUCUUUACGUCCCAACGCACAAGAUAUAAAAAUCCGUUUCGAUAUCUAAUUCCAUUUGGCCGAAAUAUUUCGUAUUGCCAUUUGGUUGGAACUGGUAUACACACACACUGUACACGCACGCGUUUUUUUAGGAUAGGUUUCUAAGAACGCUAAACAAUCCGCUCCGGAUGAAAUUGUAUACCUACAUCUAACUAAAAAAAAAUUGUAUUUUAUCAAUUACAAAUACCCGUUCUACAGAUAAUUUAACCCGUAACGACGUUACAUAAUAGAGACACCGUUUGUAUAUUAAACACAAAUUAAUAGUAUUCUAUAAUAAACGCGAUAGUGCGAACCAAACACAAAUUGUUCGCAUUCAAACGUAUCUAUGUUCUAUAUAGAUAAAUAAUUUCAAUACACAACGCUCUUAAAUAAAAUUGGAAAAUACAAAUAUUUAAACAUUUGCAAUUAGAUAUCUGUGCAUGUAUCGUUCUUCUGAUUUUGCCUGUAUUCUCUUUGUAAUAUGGCCAGUGGCGUGUACAGGAAUUUUCAAUUAAAGAUAAUUUAGUAAAUAAUAACCAUAAAUAAAUCGAAUAAUCGUAUUCUUUACGCCACUCGAUAUAAUGGAAAACUAAUGGGAAUUUAAACGGCAGAUAUAAAAAAAAAACUAAUUUUUAUUCAAUAAAUCCACCUGUUCCUUUUAACUUGGUUAAAAGUGUCGAAAUAUACCACGCGUUUCAAAAUUAAAUUUUCAAAAUUAAGUAAUUGUUCCAUUAAUAAGCAAUUGAUGAAGGGUAUGACCCCUAACCUUCCUCCCUCUGCUUACGCUACCGAAUAUGAGUAAACCAUAAUAUCUUUUUAAUAUGGGUAAUACCUUUUUACUACAGUGGUAUGUAGAACAUUUUUGUUUAUGGUGUGUGAGGUCCAGAAAUUCGCUACAUACUUACCACCAUCGCUCCUCUUAUAUACCUACAGAAAUCGGUGAUAAAUUGUUACAAAUUUUUAUUCCAAACUCACUGUUCUAUAUGUUUCUUACACUUCUAACCGCCCACGAUUCACGACCCACCCUCCAAUUUCGACUGAGUCUUCAAACAAUUUUCUUCGUCUCGCCGCUAUAUAUGUGACCCAGAUAGUCUAUAGUUGUUUAAAACUUUAUUAAAAGGAUAAUAUAUAUAUAUUUUAAUACAAAAAGUCAGUUUUCAAUGGAAUAUAAAAAUAUAUCUACUUAGCUAUUAGAGUAUAGUACAUUAAAAUGUUUACAUUUUCACAAAAAAAAAAAAAAAUAAAUAAACAACAAAAAAUACUCUUGAAACUAUUAAAGUACGUAACCCACCCAUUUUUUUCGUAGAAAAAAAAUGCGUAUUAUUCUACAUACAAAAUCUGUAUUCUAUAAUAUCGGUUUGAAUUUAAAAGGCAGCUCGAUCGGUGUGGCUAUCACGUACCCGUUGUGCGGAUUCAUCAUGGAACAAUGGGGUUGGCCGUAUGUGUUCUACAGCACGGGGUUGCUCGGCAUGGUGUGGUUCACGGCCUGGUGGCUGUUGGUGUACGACACACCCGCCGAACACCCGUACAUAUCCGAACGGGAACUUGUGAGCAUCACCAGCAGUCUCACCAACGUGGUGUCGUCCGUAAAGGUGAGCCAUAACGUCUAUUUUUGCAGGUGGCGAUGCUAAAGAAAUUAUAGAUAUACGUAGAGGUCGAUUAUUUUAUCACGAACCUUCUAUUAUAAUAAUUACGAAGAUUUCAAGUAAAUUUGUUUAUGGUUCAUUCGACGAAUCAUCUAAGAGCUACCCGAUGUAAAAUAAACAAAUCGAAUUUGUCAUACCUAACCUCCCUUAUUCAUGGGGGUUCCUUAUAGGCGAUUUUAUUAGAGUAAAUUGAUCUAUUAUCAGCAGCAGUUUUAGAUCCGGAAGAAGGCCCAAUUGCCUCGCCGCCCCCCCCCCCUCAGACUAUAUAUUAUAAAAAAGUAUUUACGUCCACAAAUAAUUGUUUAUUGUGUGUAUAUAAAAUACAAGAUUUUCAAGAAAGUUAUGAAUGCAUUGAUUGCACUAUAGUGUAUUUUCUUUCUGUCUAUGAACAAAUUUCCUAUCAGAAAUCUUACUCCAAUUGAAUAAUAGAUUGGUAAUGGUUUAUCGGUGCUUACAGAUAUAAAUUAAAUGAUCUUAAUGUCCUAUCUUCUCAAUUUCCCACCUAAAAUAGUGGCUGCACCUAUCCACAAUAUCACCCUUUUUCUUUGUUUUGCUUAGUAAUAAUUAUUUUAAGAUUCCUCCUCCAAAUUAAACUCUGGAUCCGCCACUGAUCAGCCGUCAAGAAAAGAACAUUAUCUGUGUAACGCAGGCGCUAUAUUUUUUGAUAUUUUAAUUUUUAAACGAGAUAUGUGAUCGUUAUUAAAUUGUGAUAUUUCACAUUCUCUGUCUUAGUUAAACAUUAAAAUAUCGAAAAAAUAGCGCUAACGCUGUACAGAUAACGUUUCUAUCAUUAUGUUUAAUAUUUCGUCAAUUUAUUGUAUAUUAAAACAAAAACACAAUGUUGUCGUUGCUUAACGCAAAUUCGGUGUCAUACGUUUGUAACACACAUUGGCAAUAUCGUAUGCUGGUAUCAAGCCAUCUUAAAUGCAGCUUUUAAAAAAUGUAUAAAAAAUAAAAAUCUAAAAUCAAAUUACACGAAAUAUUUGUGUUUAUACCUAUAAUUAUAAUCGUUAGUUCAUUAUAAAAUAGUCAUCCUAUACCUCAUAUAUAUACAUCUUGAAAACGUUUUCUUUAUUCCGUGUCUAUAUAGCUGCCGAUACCGUGGAAGUACGUUUUCUCCUGUGUACCGUUUUGGGUCGCCUUGUCCAUACAAUGGAGCACCGGUUGGGCCUUACACACGCUCAUGACGCAGACUCCUACUUAUCUGGACCUGAUGUUCAGCUGGAAUCCGCAAAAAGUUAGUAUUUAAGUUUUUAUACCUAAUGUAUAUAUUAUAAUACACAGGCGCACAUCACGAUACCUGAUUUCUAGGACAGGCAAAGAGUUCCUAAAGAGAAGGGCAGAGGGAGACGAUUCCCCCAUCUAGAUUCUCUGCAAGUUGAAAAAACUAAAUCCAAAUCCAAUAUCCCAAAAUCCCGAAAAAUAUUAUUGCGAUAGUCGGUAGGUACUUGCAGUGAUUAUAAGACUAUUCAUUUUUGAAGUAAAGUUAUUUGUUUAUUUUAGGUUCUGAGCAGAGCGAGGAAUGUAAUACUUUUACAAUUAUUUUUAUUAAUUUUUUUAUUUUUUUUUACAACUUUUCUACCAAUAAUUUCACUCCAAUUUUCAAGUAUAUUACUUUCUCUGAAAGUAAAUCUGACUGGAGUGGUAAUUUAUGGUGGGUUAUUUUUGGAUUUUCUCAGCUGUUUUCAUAAUAAAUGGGAAAAAACUUAGGAAAAACUGGAAAAUUUAUGAAAUGUAUUUUUUUAAACAUAUAUAACCGAAUUCCUCUCAGAAUAGUCAGAAUCGUUUUUCGUCAGCCAAGAUUAAUCGUUAUGUACUGAUAUAAAUAUUAUAUAAAUUGAAUUCCCUUCUAUAUCCUACCUUCCCAACUUCUCACCUAUAACAGUGGCCCACCCAUCGUGCGAAGUAUAUCCGGAUAUUUUUUUAAAUUAUACCAUAAUGUUGAACAAUUAAUGUUUUUUUGUACUCCAUAAUAUUUAGUAACCCAUAUCCAUGUAUAGAUUAAAAUGGCCUUAUUGCAGAAUUGCAGCAUUACUCGUAUUUGUAUUGAUAAUGUUUUGUGAUAGUAGAAUUCCGCAAAUUUAUUAUCACAAUUGUAUACAUUAAACAAUGACGAAGCCAUAAAGGAGCUAUAAAACAGCCGAAGCGUAUUUCAGCUGAAAAUAUUUUAAUCGUCCAUAUUUAAGCGGAACAUGAAUUUAUCAUAAAAUAUUUCUUUUUGUUGUGUUUCUAUGUAUAUAGCUUGACCUUGUACCAACUCUUUAAUUCAGUCUUUAGAAAUUCGUUUUAGUCCAAUAUAAUGAGGUACCAUCACAGUUGUUUUAAAAAUUAAACAAAUUAAUUUUACCAGGAAUUUAAAAGAAUUAAGCAAGGGCUAUAUAAUAGAUAAUUUAGUAGAAAGUCAAACAUAUAGUAUGUUUAAUGGAAGAUAAAGAGUUAGUUCAAUCAGUGAAACUGAUAAUAUUUCGUAUUUAAAAAAGAUUAUGAAUUCUAUCCAACUAUGAGGAGAUACUUACUACCUAUUAUUAUUUAUAUGAAAAUCCACCAAUAUGUAAGUACUAAGUACUAUAGAAAAGACAUUCAGCACGUUACGUCUUGUUUAAAUUUGGUUACGUUCAAACAAUAUGUGAGAAUCUUUUAUCCGGCUUGUGAAUGUAAUGUGUACUUAUAUGAAAAAAGUAAAAGAACUAAUUUAGCAGAAAAAGUUUUUGAUGAAUUUAAAAAAAAAAAUUGCAAUUUAUGUUCAAUUAGAUAGUAAGUGAAACAUGUAAAAUUUAAUAUUAUAAAAUACCUUUAAAAUUUGAUUACGAUAAUGUUAUUUUUGAAUAUACCACCACAUAAUACCGGGUAAUUCAUUUAAGUGGGUACUUUCAUUAUCUCGGAAAAGUAUUCAGGAAAACUUUUUUCUGGAUUCGUUUUCUAAAACAUUUAAGAAACAAGCAGCUCUACAAUUUUAUAUUUAUAUUAUUUCUUUUCACCCUUAUUUUGAGGGGUAAAACUACUACAUAUUUUUGAUUUACAAAUUACAACCUAUUUUAAAAACUCCAUAAAUAAAUUAUUAAGUAUCAUUUAAAAUAAACUUUAGUGCUGAAAUUUUUAAUUUCUGUCAAGCCGUUCACGAGAUAUUCUACUACUCUCCUCCAACCCAAACUUGGAAGUAGAACAUCUCGUCAACAGAUCGACGGAAAUCAAAAAUGUCAACACUAAAAUUUAUUUUAAAUAAUGCUCCAUCUAUUUAUGGAAUUUUUAAUAUAGAUUGCCAUUUGAAAAUCAAAAGUAGAUUGUGGUUUUACUCCCAAAAAUAAGGGUGACAAAAAAUAAUAUAAAUAUAAAAUAGUAGAGCUGCUUGUUUCUUAAAUUUUUUAGAAAACAAAUUCCAAAAAAAGUUAAUACUUUCCGAAAUAAAUUGUUUACCUACUCUUCGUUUUCUAAAUUUUGCCAUAGGUCCCUUAAAUAAGCAUACAAAUCGAUAGAAUCGAUUAAUCGAUAGUUUCAAUACCUACAUCUAUAUUCUACAUACCGUUUUUUUUUUCAAUGCUUUUUGACAAUUGCAUAUUAUUUUUUGUCUAUACGAAAACGUGUAGGUUCCUAUUAUUUUUACAGGUUUUUAGGUAUACACAAAUUAUUAGUGGUGUACACGCCACUGCCACUGUAAAAGUUUAUACUCUAUACUUACGAUCUGACUUUUCUUUGUGCAAGUAUCAGAUUCGUGCCUAUAAAUCGUUGUACGGUGAUUAUUAAAUUUGACUGUUUACGCAUGGCUUCGAACAGUUCAAACACUCCUCUGCGGCCUCCUCGACCAUUUUGCCGCCGAGCGACCUAACCCGAUGUGGCAAUAACCUGCUUUUUGUAUAAUAACAUUACCCAAUUGUAUUCAAAACGUGAGUUGAUUUGUUUUUUCAGAUUGGCAUCUGGUCGGGCUUGCCUCAUCUAACUCGGUUCGCGUUCUCCCUGAUACUGUCGCAGGUGAUUGACUCGCUGUUGGCCAACGGGUCGUACACCAGAACGUGCAUCCGCAAGAUAUCCACUAACAUAUGCACGGUGCUCCAGGCCGUUCUCAUCGUGGCCGUCGUGUACUCGGGUUGUGAUCAGUGGCUGGUUAACGGGUUCCUGUUGUUGGCAAUGACAGUCAGUGGUGCUUCUACCUCAGGCCCGCUGUCCAUAAUGGUCGACUUGUCACCAAAUUUUGCCAGUAUGCUCACGUUGUGAUACCUGUUAAUUAGUUUAUAUUUACGUAUACAAUUUAUUUAGGGCUGUGAAUUAUUAAUGCAGUAUAAAAUCUUCGGAAAAACAUUUAAAAUCCUGAUAAGUACUUAUCGGAAUCACAAAACACUUAAAAUCCCGAAAAGUAAAUAAAUUAAUUUACUUACCUAAUGUUUAAAAAAAAAAAAAGAAACACUCAAAUAUGCAUUUAAAAAUUAAAUAUUUUGAAAAUAUAUUAAUAAUAAUUAAGAUUAUAACACUCCUAACUUGCCUAUUGAAUAGGUAGGUAGACAAAUCAUAUACCACCGUGCCUAUCUAUACCUAUUUCAACCAAUCAAAAUACCUGUCAAAAAAAAAAAAUCUAAAUAUUUAAACCCAAUUCAUUGUUAUAGAUAAUUGGAACAUUGACCUCAGAAAACAAAACGCUUACAAAAAACUAAUAAAAAAAUACAUAUAUAUGUAUGUUUUCUAUAAAUUUGUGACGUGAUUGUACUUUAUGCUAAAUUAAUUAUAAAUUAUAUCUAUAUCAAGAAGGUUCGCGUCACGAGAAAUAAAAAUAUAAUUCUCACAGCGCAUAAAUUUGUUUAAUCGAAAUUUUGUUUUAGGCGGCUAAUUUAUUAAUUCCGAGUCAAGGAUCAAUUAAAAACUUAAAUAAAUUAUUAUUACGCGUUAUUAUUGAAUUUUCAAGAAGUAUAGACAAUAAUAUUUGUUCAUCAAAAAUUAUAUAUAUAUACUUUUUUUCACAGGUGUAUUACAAGGGUUCAGCGGUAUUAUCGGAGUCAUUCCAGGAAUGAUAUCGCCAAUCGUAUUGUCUUACUUUACAAGCGACGAAGUAAGUUGUUUAUUUUUAUCAUGACAUAAGUAAAUUAAGAUCAAUAAGCUUUAAUUUUCGACUUUUACAAAUUGUAUAUACUUAAUAUACACAUAUUUUAUGAUUAUAUAUAUUUUCUAUGAUUUUUUAUAAAUGAUCAUUGUUCAAAUGUUUAGAGUGUAAUUGUCUAUUAUAAAGAUUUUUUUGUAAAUUUUCAAUGAAUUCGUUUUAGAACACUCUCGAUUCGUGGCAACACUUUUUCCUCCUGAGCGGAAUAGUCAUAGCCAUUCCAGGAUUACUGUACAAUUUCAUAGGGUCCAGCGAACUCCAGUCGUGGAACAGUCCUGAUACUGAUCAAGAAUUAGCAGUUACCAAUGGCCAUUCCACGGCUAAAAAAUAA